CCGAAACGUAUCGUAGCGUCGCAUGUUGAUCGAAAUCGACUGAACUGCAAAUACUACAAUUUAGGAAAACGUUUUAACGUCUGGUACAUUGCUUAACAUAUUGCUGGUGGUCUAUUCAAACGAAUUUCACGCCGUAUCUUAAAUAUAAGAAUCGAAGAAAUCGCAUGUGCGAACUGCAACCAUAGCAACCGGGUUCGGUGUUAAAUAGUAAACAUAAAUUUUUCCAUUCUUUCCAAUCGAAUGACGAACCAAUAUCAUAUUUGUGACGAUUUGAUGAUAGUUUGAAGUCCUUAAAAAAAAAAAUAUGGAACAAUGGUUGGAGUGUAAAGUUAAAAAGAGUUCGUAUGCUGCGUGAUCGUACAACCAUGGGCCAGCUCAAGUGAAGAUCAUUAAUUGACCAGCGAAUCAAGCAGCACAAGAUGAGCAGCGAAAAGGUUCUUUAUCGACACGAAGAACCUCACGGUCAGGGAGAUGUAUACUGCCUGUGGCAAACGGGCGCCUCAGCGCAAUUACUGGCCAGCACCGGUAGUGAUGGAACGGUUGCUAUUUUUAACCGGCAAGGCCAACUCCAAGAACGGAUUGUACUUCAAGGACUUUGCGCUGGCUUUGCAUGGGAUCGAGAUGGCGACGUACUGGCAAUCAUCACAGCGAACUCGCCACAGCUUAUCGUUUGGGAUUCUAAUUCACAGAAAAAACAGACAGUCGACAUUGGUCUGAGGGACCUUCCGAGUUGCAUUAUCUGGUCCAAAAAGAUAGCAUUGCUGGCUGUGGGUACCACGCGGGGAAAUCUAUCGAUUUACAACCACAUUACUACCAAACGUAUCCCCAUCCUGGGGAAGCACACGAAACGCAUCACUUGCGGCGCUUGGUCGACGGAGAACAUUCUGGCACUCGGUAGCGAAGACAAAUAUCUCACGCUAAGUAACGAAGAGGGUGACACGCUGCGAUCGAUUCAGCUGCGCGAUUGUCCGAGCGAUAUGUACUUUGCCGAAAUGAAAACGGACGAGCGUGUGCCGGGUGAGAACACGAUUAGCAUGAUUUUGGGCAAGCGCACCCUCUUUCUGUAUCAUCUUCCCGAGCCAGAUUCGCCGACGGAGCUUGGGUUUCAGCAGCGCUACGGAUCGCUCCUGCAGCAUAAGUGGUUCGCCGAUGGAUACAUUCUGCUCGGGUUCAGCUUGGGACACGUCGUUGCCAUUUCGACGCACCCGCGCGAGGUUGGCCAGGAGCUCUGGCAGGUGAAAAAUCAUCGCGAUUCGCUGAAUAGCAUUGCUGUGUGCAAGGAGCUGGAGCUCAUCGCCUCCUGUGGCGAUAAUAACGUUAAAAUCCAUUCCAUGACAAACCUGCAAGAGACUGUAAAAAUCCUCAGUCUACCGGAUCAGGCCGCACUAAAGCACGUGGAGUGGAGUGCCGAUGGCCAGCUGCUGGGGGUAACAACUUCGCAAGGGGCGAUAUGCGUGUUCGUAACCAAACUUCACUCAUUGUACGCCGUCACACCACCGAGGAUUGCCAUAUUAUCCAGUUUGGCCGAGAUCGCAAUCUAUCAUUACACUCCCGACCGUCAGAAAGCUGCUCCAGCACUGGUAACACUCGAAAUUGAACCUUCGUUUCUAGCAAUAGGGCCGUACCAUAUGGCUUGCGGUAUGAAUAACCACGUGUGGUUCUACGAUUUGGGUCGAACCCUCACCGAUAGCCCUCUGUUGCUUGGGGAUCGCGAGUACAUGUCGGAAAUUAAACAGGUAGCCUUAAGCUCUGAGUACUGCGCGGUUCUAUGCGGUGGACAAAUCAUGUUGCACCCGGUCGAAUCUACAAAUGAAGUCACACUACAUCGAGAACCAAAAAUAUUUCCUGAUGAAGUUCGAGGCUUGGCCGAGUCAGUGAUCACGUGUCUAGGAUUGACAAAUGAAUUUUUAUGCUUCGCUACAGAUCUCGGUAAUAUUAUUUACUUUUCGCUAGAAAAUUGGUGUACCGUCGUACAGUACCGCCACCAGGCAGGCAUACGCAGCAUCCACCCGGACGUCGAUGGUACACGGACGGUGUUUAUAGACGACCAUAGCCAGGGGUAUCUAUUUGUUUCCGCUAGCGAGGAAACACUCCGAAUACCGGACUUCCCGAAGCACUGCCCCGGCAUCCUGUGGGACUACUCUCAGCCGCACGUGUUUGUGGCCAACGAUCGGACCACCUGCACUACGUACGUUUUCGUUCGCGGGUCCGUUCGAGGCAAGCUAGUGGAAAAGGUGGGCACGACCAGUUUGAUUAGCGAACAGACACCACUGAUGCUGUAUGACGGUGAUUUAUGUCUGCACGGUAGCGGCGGCAAGCUUACCUCGAUCGUGCUAGACACGCACGCCAACAAACCGGGUCGGGACGCGAAGGAACAGCUGCGGACCGCGAAGCUUCUCCGGAAGUACGCGGAUGCCUGGGAGUUGUGCAAACUGAUGAACGAUACUGACGAGUGGAAAGCACUUGGAAUGGCUGCAAUUGCGGACUUGAAUGUACCUUUUGCGACCAAGGUGUUUCGCAACAUUGGAAACGUGGCCAUGGUUUACGCGCUGGAAGAGAUAAGCCAGAUCGAGGAUAUGAAUACAUUGGCAGGGUUUUGUGCCGUACUGCUGGACGACAUUGACGAGGCGAAAACGCUGUUUGCCAAAGGAGGCAACCCGGCAGAAGCGUUGGAACUGUGUCGGGAUCUCCUGCAAUGGGAGCAAGCUAUGGCAUUGGCAAACACCCUCGCACCCGAGCAGUUGCCUUUUUUGGCCCGGGAGUAUGGAGCACAGCUAGAGUUUACUGGAAACCAUGCUGAAGCGCUGAUGAACUUUGAACGUGGGUUGAAAAACUUCGAUGCUGUUAGUAGUGCGGCUUUGAAAAAGUCUCCACCCGACGUCAAACAUCUGCAGGAUGUGCAUGUUAAACUUUGUAAAGCGGGUAUUGCACGAACAAGCAUAAAGUGUGGUGAUGUGCGCCGUGGACUGCAGUUGGCCCUAGAGCUGAACGAUAUGCAAUUGUUCAACGAAUGCGGCGAGGCGAUGCUAACUGCGGGCCACCUAAACGAAGCGGCCAUUAUGCUAGAGCGAGGUGAAAACUGGGACAAAGCAGCGGAGCUCCUGAUACAGCUGAAACAGUGGAAAAAAGUGGAUCACAUUUUGCCGCACGUCGUCAGCCUGAAACUACACGCAUCUUACGCCAAAGCGAAAGAAUUAGAGGGCCACUAUGCGGACGCUAUCAACAGUUACCAGUUGGCCGGAGAUUUAGAUAGCGUAGUGCGAAUCUACCUCGAGCACCUUUCCGAUCCGCACUCGGCAUCGGAAAUUCUACUUGAAACGCGCUCGAUCGAAGGUUCGAAGCUGCUGGCGAAGUACUUCGAGCAGCAUGGUGACUACGAGUCCGCCAUACAGUUCCUCGUCCUCUGCGGUUGCGUGACGGAAGCGUUCGCAAUCGCCCAGAAGCAAAACAAAAUAGUCUACUACGGGGAGGUGCUCGAGCAGAGCGCAUCGGCCAAAGCGCAAGAUUUCCUUCUUCUUGCCAGCUAUUUCGAUAGUGAAAAGUAUACCAUGCUUGCCGGCAAAUACUACUUUCUCGGUAAAGAAUACUCCAAAUCGCUGAAGCUGCUGCUGAAGGCGGCCUCGGUGGGGAACGAAGAAAAUGCUGCCCUCUCGCUGGCGAUCGACUGCGUCGCAUCGGCGGGCGAUGAAAAGCUGUCCAAUCAGCUAAUCGAGUACUUGCUCGGGGAGUCGGACGGUGUCCCAAAAGAUCCGAAGCUGCUGUUUCGCCUGUACAUGGCCAAACGGCAGUUCAAAGAGGCGGCCAAGGCAGCCAUGAUCAUCGCCAAUCAGGAGCAGAUCGCGGGGAACUACCGUAGCGCGCACGAUUUAUUAUUUUCCAUGUACCAGGAGCUGAAGCGGAACAAUCUUGCCAUUGCUACCGACAUGAAAAGUACCCUAGCUUUGUUGCAUCGCUAUACGCUAGUAAGAAUCCACGUGAAACGCGGGAAUCAUUUGCUAGCGGCCAAACUGCUGCUCCAGGUGGCGAACAGUAUUUCACAAUUUCCUUCGCAUGUUGUCCCGAUUUUAACAUCCACCGUCAUUGAAUGCCAUCGGACGGGAUUACGAAAGUCUGCUUUCGAGUACGCGGUAAUGCUGAUGCGUUCGGAGUUUCGUGGCCAGAUCGACAGCAAGUAUGCGAAGAAAGUGGAGUCAAUCGUGCGCAAAGCAUCACGUGGACAGUUGGAAGAUGAAGGCGUUCAGGAUUCCAGCCCCUGUCCAGUGUGUGAAGCACCGCUGCCGAAUAUGCACAUAGUUUGCGGACAGUGUAAAACCACUUUACCCAUCUGCGUGGCCACGGGUCAACAUAUUGUUCGGGAUGAUAUUGCUGCCUGCCCGGAGUGUGACUUCCCAGCCAUGAAAGCGGAGUUUUUGAAGAUAUUGGAAACAACUAACAACCAGUGUGCAAUGUGCGGCGAGGAAAUCGAUGCAGGACGUUUGGUUGACAUCGACGACAUUCAACCAUACAUCGAUUCCGGAAGUUAAGAUCUCGUAGUGGAUUAGUAACGGCUCUACUGUACCUUAUUGCCUUUAAUUAGUAUGUGUGUAAGUUGACCACAGUGCUUUAAAUGUUUAAUAAAUUAUGAAGAUCCGUCCAGUUUGUG